AUGGCUGUUUCUCGACGUAGCACCGGGGCUGGCGGUCUUCUUUGCGCCAUUGCUGUGGGCUCACUGCUAUGUGAAGGCUUCGUUGGAAGUCCAGAAGCGGUCGUGACACGCAGAGUUGCGGCCGCAGCCUCGCACCGGAGUCGGCGAUUCGUUGUUGAUGCAGUCGCGUGGUUUGCAGCGGCCGGUGCCACAGAAGCGACAGCAGCACCCAUUCAAUUCAACGCGCAGCUGGCUGGGGACUUGAGCGAGGCCCAGAAGCGAAGCAUCAAGGCAUACCUUGAGAAGAACAAGGAUGCUCCGACUGUUGAUGUGGUCAUUGGUGAGCGGCCGAUGAAGGUCUAUGUGAAGCCGACGGCUGAGGAGCUCAGGCCCGGGAGCCCCGAAUUCAAGGCACGAGUGGCCAGUGUACGUCCUGAUCUUGGCGAGCGUCUUAUCGAUGCGGAGAAAGCAGCGAAGAUGGUUCAGGACGGGGCUGUCCUUGUGGAUGUUCGCACACGCGAAGAGGUCUUGGAGCAGACCGGAGGCGAGCUUCCCAAGGUCGCUGCUCUGGUGCCCCUGGACGAGUGGGCAGGGCGCGCUCCGCCGCCGCUCAUGCGAGGCAAGAAGGUCGUCCUGACGUGUUUCCACGGCAACAAGAGUGUGCUUGCUUGGGAAUCUCUGCGCUCCCAGUUCGUGGAUGCCUAUGUGCUGGACGAUGGGGUUGCGGGCUGGAAGGCUGCAGGUUUGUCUACACGGAAAGUUUGA